AAACGCUGUGCCUUGUCAAUCGUUUUCAUUUCAUUACAAUCUACUCCUUUCUGUGUCAUUCCUACAAAACGAGGCACCGCCUACACUGAACUUCAUAGCUGUCUAAAUGUUGCGCUCUAUUAGUAAGUAGAUUUAGCGGAAAGGAAUCGGAUCUCAACAUGUUUUGGUAUAUUAUAAGUGCCAUUUUACUUUUAUUCGCAAUAAGAUUGCGUUUUCCGUACUUUAUUAAAGAGGCCAAGUACGCGAGUCGGAUAGCAAGAGCAAUGUAUCGUACGACUAAAUAUCUCAGAUCCAGACCUGUCUAUAUGUUAGUGGAUCGAUUCUUGGAUUCGGUUCAGAAGAACCCACACAAAGCGUUUAUUCGCUUCCAGGAUAAAACAUACUCGUAUGCGCAGUCGGAUAAACAGAGCAAUAAAGUCGCCAGGAGUUUGUUGAAGCACGCAAAUCUUCAUGAAGGAGAUACAGUUGCGCUCCUGCUUGGGAAUGAGCCCAUGUUUUUGUGGAUAUGGCUGGCUUUGGCCAAGAUCGGGUGUUCUGCUGCUCUUCUCAAUCAUAACAUCCGAUCCAAAUCACUGCUGCAUUGCUUUACCUGCUGUGGGGCCAAUGCAUUGAUAGCUGGUGCAGAACUGCAGGAUGUUGUUGAGGAGGUGCUGCCCGCUCUGAGAGAACAGGGAAUCUCUGUCUAUGUACUGACUGACCAUGUGACCACUGAGGGAAUGAUAAGUCUUACAGACAAGAUCACGCAGGCUUCAGAUGAGCCAAUUCCUGCAGAUAUGAGGGCCAGCGUCACCGUCACCAGCCCAGCGGUGUACAUCUACACGUCAGGCACGACAGGUCUUCCAAAGGCAGCAGUGAUUACUCAGCUGAGGUUCUGGGCCAUGGCCUUCUUUUUUUCUGUUUGUGGCGUGAAGUCUGAUGAUGUGCUGUACAUCUGCCUUCCCUUGUAUCACAGCGCAGCCUUUGCCGCUGGGUUCGGAGGUGCUAUUGAAAGAGGCGCCACUGUUGUCCUGAGGAACAAGUUUUCUUCCUCUCAGUUUUGGGACGACUGCAGAAAAUAUAAUGUCACUGUGAUACAGUAUAUCGGAGAAACAAUGCGCUACCUCUGCAAUACACCAAAGCGAGUUAGCGACCAAGUACACAACGUCAGAAUGGCCAUCGGGAACGGGAUCAGACCCGAGGUGUGGAGGACGUUCAUAAAGAGAUUCGGAAAUGUUGAAAUCAAAGAGUUUUACGGCUCAACCGAAGGAACUCUGGGCUUUGUCAACUACGCUGGGAAAAUUGGGGCCGUUGGUAGAGUGAAUUUUUUCCAUAAGGGAAUCUAUCCAUAUGCAUUUGUUAAGUUUGACCAAGAAAAAGAGGAGCCGGUGAGAAACGCAGAUGGAUUUUGCGUAGAAGUAGCUAGAGGUGAGACAGGCCUACUAGUAUCAAAGAUUACCAAGAAGGCCCAAUUCGCUGGGUAUGCCAGGGAUCCCAAACAAACAGAGAAGAAGAAACUCUGUGAUGUGUUUGAGAAGGGAGAUGUUUACUUCAACUCUGGAGAUCUGUUCAGGACAGACAGCGAAGAUUUCAUCUACUUCCAGGAUCGGGUGGGCGACACUUUUAGGUGGAAAGGGGAAAACGUUUCCACAAAUGAAGUGUCGGACAUCUUAACUAUGGCAACGAGUAUUGAGGAAGCAAAUGUAUACGGCGUUACAAUUUCAGGGUAUGAGGGGAGGAUAGGAAUGGCUACCAUCACACUGAAGAAAGACCAUCAGUUUGAGCCCGAUGCCAUUUUUAGUCACGUAGUCACUUAUCUCCCUUCUUAUGCCAGACCACAUUUCAUUAGGAUCCAGAACUGUUUGGCUGUGACUUGCACUUUUAAACAGCUAAAAGGCAAGCUGGUCGAGGAAGGUUUCAACCCUGCUGCAAUCACGGACCCUCUGUUUGUUUUAGAUGAGACGGUGAAAAGCUACAGACCUUUGACACGUGACACAUAUCAGUCGAUACUGGACGGUCACUUUAGGUUGUGAAGAGCAAUAUGUUCUUACAAUGAAAAAAUCAAAUCUUGUUUUGUUCAGAUUGCCAAUUCUAAAUUUACACUUACAAGACAAUUACUGUCCAGAGAUUGCAAUUAGCACAGAAAAAUGCAAUUAUUAUUAUUAUUAUUAUUAUUUGUCUGGACUAUGAAUUUAACAAAUUUACUUGUGUAAAAAAUUGUUUGUGCAUCAUUUUAAGAAGAAAAAAAAUCCUUUCACAAGUUUAUUUUUUAUCACACUAUUAAAUGGCAACAUUGUUAAAAACGAUAAUAAAACAGUUUAAAAAGUUCUUCAUUGUCAAUCUGAAAAGAGGCUCUCUAAGAAUUUGAUACCAUGGUUCCCCUGUAGUCUGCAGUGAACAAAUAGUUUCGUAAGAGUUUGCUGUAAGAUGAUUGGCUCCCACAGAAACCCUCCCAAUCACUCAAGUCUCAAAGGCUGAAUUGAAUGAGGGUUGCCAGGUUGUGAGUCUAAAAUACUCCCGCAC